AUGAUGGAUUUAGGGUAUAAUGCUAGUAGCCUGUUAAGAGAAUACACAGGUGUUAUUUCUGAGUGGAGAGACGUUGAUUCUAUCAUUAGCAUCGAUUGCAAAGAAUCUGGUGAAACCAUAGGAGUCCAGGGUUCCUCUCCUUCUAAACUUGUGCCCCGGGGGAAGCUCGAUGCGGGUCUUUGCCUAGCCUUCUCCUCUGCUCUGACUCCGGUUGAUGUGCCUUCUCCAGUUUCAAUGAAGAAAAACUAG